AUGGCUUUGUUCAUGGAGGCAGAUUUCCCACUAGUCAAGCCGAACCACCAGGCAGAUGUGCUGGAUUUGAAAGGGAUGUCUGGGGAACAGGCACACUGUAAAGUAUCUACAGAUGCGCACAAAGAGAGUGCUCUUUCUUCCGCGGAGCCGGAUGGGGCAGCCUGUCUACCCGAGGGUCCGAGAAAAAGGAAGAGGACCAUCUUUAGCCGAGCUCAACUGUCCGAGCUGGAGCGAGCCUUUGCUGUGACGCCCUACCCAGACAUCACCCUCAGAGAGAGGCUAGCCGUCCACACACACUUGCCUGAGAGCAAGAUACAGGUGUGGUUUCAGAACCGAAGAGCCAGAAGUAUCAAGACUGGGAGAAUACCCAAGUCCACCAAACAUGUUCUUGGAAGUAGACUUGCAGAACCUAUCUCUGGGGUGGUGACCUCGGCUUUCCCUGCUCAAACCACCCUGGCAGACAUAUUCAGACCAGAGCAAAACCAGUUCUGUGAUGACAUCUCACACUUUUACUCUGACUGGAUCCAACUCUACAGCAACCAAAGGACACCAUCCACUUCCUCAAUCCACCAGCAACCCUCCCUUGGAAUCUCAAAGAAUUCAGAGUCUCAACUGUGGGAAGAGGAGCGGCAUCAGCGGCAGCAAAUGGGAACAACCGUACCGUCUCUCAUUCCUGCUUCUUUUUCACACCCCAUCACCAGACAACCUCACUGUGCUGCAUCUCAUCACUCCUACCAGUCCCUCAGGAACUUCAAGGCCCAGAACCUGGCUCAGGGUGAGGCUCAUCAGGCUAUCUACGGGGGCGGCGCCGGAGGCCACAUUUCUGUCGACCAAGUUGUUCCUUCUCACUCUCAGCCGACAUGCUGGGAGGUAACUCAGGACCAAGGACCUCACCACCACCAUCACACACAAAUGACACCACAGACCUCAAUGGGCUAUAUCUCAGACCUGAUCUAUAAUGCUGCCAUUGUAACCAACUUCCUGGAGUUCUGA